GGUCAGCCCCCAUGAAACCCUCCAAGGUGUCCCAGCGCUACAGAGGCAUCCGAAGAAAUGCCAGCCAGCACUACCUCUACCAGGAGUCCCUGCUGCUCAGUAACUUGGAUGACAGCUUUACUGCUGAAGAAGCAGGGGACAGCAACGAUCCAGAGCAGAUCUUCCAGAAUAUACAGUUCCAGAAAGAUCUCAUGGCAAAUAUUCGCUGCAGACCCUGGACCAUGGGACAGAAGCUGCGGGCACUGAGGCGUGCAAAGGAGAUGGUGCUGAAGUUCGAAGGCAGGCUGACCAGGACCCGAGGCUACCAGGCAGCAGGCGCAGAGCUCUGGCGGAAGCUUGCUCGCCUUGCCAGUAACUUUGUGGUCAUCUUCAUUCCCUGGGAAAUGAGGAUAAAGAAAAUUGAGAGUCAUUUCGGCUCUGGUGUCGCCUCCUAUUUCAUAUUCUUGCGAUGGCUGUUUGGAAUCAAUAUUGUGCUCACAGUUAUGACAGGUGCUUUCAUUGUUAUUCCAGAGCUCAUUGCAGGGCAGCCCUUCGGAAGCACGGCCCGCAAGCGCAUCCCCAAGGAGCAUGUUGCAUCUGCCCAGGACCUGGACACCGUCUGGUCCCUGGGGGGCUACCUCCAGUACUCAGUCCUCUUCUACGGCUACUACGGCAGGGAGCGGAGGAUCGGGAGGGCUGGCUACCGGCUGCCCUUGGCCUAUUUCCUGGUGGGGAUGGCGGUGUUUGCAUACAGCUUCGUCAUCCUCUUGAAAAAGAUGGCCAAGAACUCCCGCACGAGCCUGGCCAGCACCUCCGAUGAGAACUACACCUUCUGCUGGCGGGUGUUCUGCGCCUGGGACUACCUCAUCGGGAACCCAGAGGCUGCAGAAAGCAAAGCGGCUGCCAUUGUCAACAGCAUCAGGGAGGCGAUCGUGGACGAGCAGGAGAAGAAGAAAAAGCGAAGCCUGGCAGUGACCGUCUGCCUGAGGGUCAUCGCCAACAUCCUGGUGCUUGUCUCGCUGGCUGGGAGCAUUUACCUCAUUUACUUUGUGGUGGACCGGUCCCAGAAGCUGGAGCAGUCCAAGAAGGAGCUGACCCUCUGGGAAAAGAAUGAGGUGGGCGUGGUGGUCUCGCUCGUCACCAUGCUGGCGCCAUCAGCCUUUGACCUCAUCGCCGCCCUGGAGAUGUACCACCCGCGAACCUCGCUGCGCUUCCAGCUGGCCAGGGUCCUCGUGCUGUACCUGGGGAACCUCUACAGUCUCAUCAUCGCGCUCUUGGACAAAGUGAACAGCAUGAGCACGGAGGAAGCUGCCACAAAAAACAGCACGAGUCCCUGGAUAGAUCCUACAGUCUUCACUUCCACCAGGACGGUCCCUAUGGAACAGAAAUGGUCCACACCUGGGCCUGGGGGAGAGCCCGGGAGGAACAGCACGUGGGCCCCAGGAGGGGCUGGUGCCCCCACGGCCACCCCGCCUCUCUCGGAGGCCAACAGGACUGCCGUCUACCCGCAGGGUCUGCAGGACCAGUGCUGGGAGACAUACGUGGGGCAGGAGAUGCUGAAGCUUUCCAUCAUCGAUAUGCUCUUCACCGCGGCCAGCGUUCUGCUCAUAGACUUCUUCCGAGGGCUCUUCGUCCGGUACUUAAGUGACUUUUGGUGCUGGGACCUGGAAAACAAGUGUCCUGAAUAUGGAGAAUUCAAAAUAGCGGAGAACGUGUUACACUUAGUCUACAACCAAGGCAUGAUUUGGAUGGGCGCCUUCUUCUCCCCGUGUCUCCCAGCGUUCAACGUCCUCAAGCUGAUCGGGCUCAUGUACCUGAGGAGCUGGGCGGUGCUGACCUGCAACGUCCCCCACCAGCAGGUUUUCCGAGCUUCCAGGUCCAACAACUUCUACCUGGCGACGCUGCUGUUCAUGCUCUCCCUCUGCAUGCUGCCCACCAUUUUCGCUAUCGUCCGGUACAAGCCGUCGCUCAGCUGUGGGCCUUUCAGUGGACAAGAGAAAAUUUAUGACAUCGUGUCAGAAACGAUUGCAGAGGACUUCCCUGCGUGGCUCGGCUCUGUGGCCAGCCACAUCAGCAGCCCCGUGACCGUCCUGCCAGCCCUGCUGCUGCUUAUCAUGCUCAUCUACUACCUUCAGAGCAUUGCAAGAUCGUUAAAGCUUAGCAACCAUCAGCUCAAACUGAAGAUCCAAAACGCGAGAGCUGAAGAUAAGAAAAAGGUCGCCCAAAUGAUAGAAGCCCGAAUGCAAAGCCAGGAGGGCAGCAGGAGGCCCCUGGAGGGGAGCGGUCCCUGUGGCCAGCUGUCCUCGGCGACCUCGGGGACCCCCCAGAACUAUGGCGAUAUAGUCAGCGUCGACUUGUCACGCAGCAGGGGUGGCCUGGCAGACACUGUCACGCAGCCCGAGCCUCAGGGUCCCCAGCCAGCGCCUGGCCGGCCCGGCUCACCUCUUCCUGGCAUCUCCAGAUCCAAGCCGCAGCUCACUGCUGACAGGUACCUGUGGGGCCCGCAUGCAGGCCCAAGGGACCCUCCCACCUGCAGCCCCUGCGCACCGGCGAUGGCUGGGAGGCACACCAAGCGUGUUCGCUCAGAGCCUACUUUCCGAAAAGACGUCCAGCACCGCCGCCCUCCCCGUCAUGGACCAGGGGUCUCGGCCGGGGCGCCGCAUGCUCCCAGGCCCCACACCUCCCAAUACUACAUCGUCAAAGACUGUGACUGUCACAGAAACAUCCGUCCGACUUUCUGGCCAGAAAAACAUUUCAAGGUAGAUGCUUUACAGGGCGCGGUGGAGAUGAGCCCCAGGAGCAUGCGGCAGUGUGUGUCCUGGGCCCCGCGGCAGGUGAGUGACGAGGAGGAGGAGACUGGGCGGCCCUGCCACCGGCCAUCCCCAACAGGCCCCCCCGGGCCUCCGCAUUGCCAUGUGGGUGGCAGGUCCCACAGCCGGCCCCUGGCUCCGGAGCCCCAGGGCAGGCUGCACCACAAGUCCUGGGGUGACGGCGUUCCAGGCCCGCUUGACAGGCCGCGGUCUGUGCACAGAAAGCCACCGCCCCGGAAGCCCCAGGGCCCCCGAGUCCCCGGGCAGCCCAGAGGCAAGGCCAAGCCCGAGCCAUCCGUCACAGAGUCGGAUUCUGCGUCAGCGGCGUCCAGCACUGACCAGCAGAACAGCGGUGCUGACCAGUACCUCCAGCUCACCCGCAGCCGGGCUAAGUCCCCGCAGUCUGCAGGCCGCCUCAGCGGCAGGAAGGUGGCCUCCAGGCAGGCACUGGCCGCGGAUCUGCACGACCUCAUCUGCUCAGAUGUCUAGGGCAUCUUCGGCUGUCCCGUUCGCAGAGCCCAGGGCCCCGCUGGAGUGCUGGUCCGGCAGUGCACGGUCCUGCCUUUCUGGAAAGAGAGCCCCACACCGGCUGUGGGGGAGGCCAGUAGGCAUAUCCAGGCAUGUCGGCUGGGACCUGAGACCCCCCAGGGCCGCAGCUCCCUGUCCCACAGCAGCCGCACACAAAUGGGUUCUGUCUGGGGGUCUCUUCGUGUGCAGCACCACUGGCCCAUUAGGCCGUCAUUCAAAAGCCUCAGUCCUCUGCUGCCACUCGGGGCGACCGCAACCACCGCCAGGAUGCAGAGCCUCGCCUGCAGUGUCCACGCUCGCCCUUGAUCAUGAGGGCUCGGCUUGUACCGUGAUGCUCCCCCUCAGCAUGCAAAACUCAGUCCCCCCAGAUAAGCACCCAGAAUUGAGGUGGCCACCCCUAAAGACGUCACGACACGUUAUCAGUUCACGUGAACAAUCAGUUCGGUAACAAGAGUAACUACACUGUAUUGAGCACUUGCUAUCCUGUGUGUCUGUGUCGAUCAGGACACCUGAACUGAAGCAGCACAACCCCCGAGGAGCACUGUCUCCUCUACUGGGAAGGUGGGAAUCAAGCUGGCUUCAGGCUCAGUUGGACCCAGGCAUCAAACACCCUCAGGCUUCUGUUUUUCACCUCCAAACCCUGGGGACUUCAUUUUCUCCUGCAGCAGUGGGCUUCCUCCACAGGGUAGGUUGAGGAGGAACUCAGCCACAGAAAACGCAGGUUUCAGACCCAGCCGAUGAGCCCAGGGAAAAGAGCAGAAUUGUCCCUCUCCUCAUGACAUCAUCUUCACCCUGCUGGCUGACCCCCUCUCACUGGCUGUGUGCAGGGUUUUGAUGGCAGUGUGUCCACCAUGAUUAGCCAGAAUUGACCCCCAUCCCUAUUUCCAUGAUAACGCCUUCCACUCUUAAAUCGUGUCUUUCACGUGCUCUGUCUCCUCUUCCAGACUAUGGGUGCCUUUGGAACAAAAUGGUGUUCAUUCAUUCUGGCACAUAAUAGGUAUCACACUCAUUUCUUAUUGUUGCAUAACAAACAUAGUGGUUUAAAACAGCGCAUAGUCAUCUCCCGGUUUUGUGAGUCAGGCGUGCAGACACGACCCAGCUGGGCGCUGGGCUCAGGGUCUCACUCGAGGCCAGAGCCGGCAUCUCAUCUGAGGCAGGAGUCCCCUUCCAAACUCAUGUGGCUCUUGGCAGAAUUCAUUUCCUUGAGGCUGUAGGACUGAGGCCCUCUGCUCCCAGGGGCGACGCACAUGGCCCUCUCUACAAUGUGGCUGUUUGUGUCUCCAAGACCA